UUAAUUUGAUUCGCGGUUCGAACCGGCCAUGCCGGUCUACUUGAAACCUCUCAAGUGGCAACUCAAGACACAGAGCUUCGUUAGUCAACUUUCCCUCUCCUCUCACCAUUUUGGCUCCAAAAGCAAAACGAGAUCUUACAAAUGCAGAAUGGAAUGGAUCUGAAUUCCUUCACAAGGAGGCGAUUAUCACCUUCCAAGUACACUGAUCAAGGCCCCGCCCAGCUCUUUCGGCUCCGACUUCGGAGAUUCGGAACCACUACGAUGACUGUCACCAAGAUCUUGGCAACCGGUUUGGUUGCUUUGCCUGUAUUAUUCACGCUCUCCAUGAUGCUUGGACACCAGCCGUCUGAUCGGUUACUGGGGUUGGCUGAAGCUAGAGUUCUCGAAAAAAGAACCCAACCAAAUGAUACAGGAGCGUUCUCAUCAUUAGGACUAGGACGUGGAUCAGAACAUGUUCUAUCACAACCUACUGAUAAAUCCAAUGACAAAUUGCUUGGUGGACUCCUUGCCGCUGGAUUUGAUGAAGCUUCUUGCACCAGUAGGUACCAAUCCUAUUUAUAUCGCAAGACUUCCUUCUAUCAGCCUUCUUCAUAUCUCACUUCCCGACUCAGAAAUUAUGAAGAUCUUCAUAAACGUUGUGGACCUAAUACUGAGUCCUACUACAGAGCUCUUGAACAACUCAAGUCUGGCCAAACAGUUGGUUCUUCAGAUUGUAAAUAUGUUGUAUGGAUAUCUUUUAGUGGCUUGGGUAACAGGAUACUAUCCCUAGCUUCAACAUUUCUUUAUGCUCUUCUCACAAAUAGAGUCCUGCUUGUUGAUCGAGGUAAGGACAUGGCUGACCUCUUCUGUGAGCCGUUUCCAGAGAAAUCAUGGUUUCUGCCCAUGGAUUUCCCUUUCAUUGAUCAAUUUGAAAGCUUUGAUCAGAAAUCUUCUCAUUGUUAUGGGAACAUGCUGAAGAAUAGUGUCUUAAAUGCUUCAGCAGAAUCGGUCCCAUCUUAUCUAUACCUCCACCUAGUUCAUGAUUAUGAUGAUCAUGAUAAGCUCUUCUUCUGUGAUGAAGAUCAAUCUCUUCUUGCAAAAGCCCCCUGGUUGAUUACAAAAACAGAUAACUACUUUGUCCCUUCUCUUUUCUUGAUCACUUCUUUUGAGCAAGAGCUAAGCAAAUUAUUUCCUGAAAAAGGAACCAUUUUCCAUCACCUGGGGCGGUACCUUUUCCACCCCUCAAAUCAUGUAUGGGGACUAAUCACAAGGUAUUAUCAAAUUUACUUGGCAAAGGCAGAUGAGAGCAUUGGCAUUCAAAUAAGAGUUUUUGAAUCAAGACCUGGUCCAUUUAAACAUGUGAUGGAUCAAAUUUUGGCCUGUACUCUGAAGGAGAAAUUGUUGCCUGAGGUAGAUAUGCAAGACUCUGUUGUUACUCUCUCUGAAAACCCAAAAUUGAAAGCUGUUUUAGUGACAUCAUUAAAUUCAGGGUACUCUGAAAAUCUGAAGAACAUGUACUGGGAACACCCAACUUUGACUGGGGAAGUUGUUGGCAUUUACCAGCCAAGCCAUGAGGAGUAUCAACAAACGGAGAAGCAGAUGCACAACAGGAAGGCAUGGGCAGAAAUGUACCUCCUCAGUUUGACAGAUGCAUUGGUAACGAGUUCAUGGUCAACAUUUGGCUAUGUUGCACAAGGUCUUGGAGGUUUGAAGUCCUGGAUACUUUAUAAGCCUGAAAAUGAGACAGCCCCUGAUCCACCUUGUCGCCGGGCAAUGUCAAUGGAACCUUGUUUUCAUGCUCCUCCCUUUUAUGAUUGCAGGGCUAAGAAAGGAACUGAUACGGGUGCGCUCGUUCCUCAUGUGAGACAUUGUGAGGAUAUGAGCUGGGGUCUAAAGGUGAUAGACAGUCACGAUGAAUUAUAGAAGCCAUUGUUAUUUUGUUAGUUCACCAAUUUUGCAUACAAGUUUAGACGUGAUACAUUAAAACUGGUGGCCCUUGAGCACUGUUUCCUGAACAAUGCAUGAACAUUCCUGAAUUCAGAGUGUUUUCUCUUUUGUUCUCCUCUCACGGUAUGGGUGACCUGGCAAGAAAUUGUUGCGCCUGCUUUCAAGAAAGUGAUGGAGAAAUUUAGCGACCUAGAAUUUGAACCGUGAAGAUCUACGUGCCAAAGUCUCCGCGAUAUUGUUGUCUGCAAUAUGUGUUACAACAAAGAACAAAACUAGCAACAUACACACCAGAAAACUUGCUAAAUAUGUGACUACGUACUGGCAGAAUAAAGAGAAGAGUGAGCUAAUCAGAGUAGAGGAGGCAUGGACUGAGAUUUUUUGGAGGCCUGAACUCAGAUGGGGGGAAGUCAAUGUCGGUAUCAAUGUCACAUGUGUUGUUCUGUGUGAUAAAAUAUUAAAGGUUGCUUUUAUAAAUAAUAAUGUUCUUUUUUCUUCU